AUGUUAUCUUCACAGUUAAAAACUUGUUUAUCAUCAAAUGUAAUUAAAGAAAUAGUUCUAUCACGGAUUCGCAUGAUGAGUACGAUCCCAUCGACUUCUUCCAAUCAACAAUCUGAUAAAACACAAGUUAAUACAGGAAUUAUUCUCUUAAAUAUGGGCGGACCAGAAACAGUACAUGAUGUUUAUGAUUUUCUUAAUCGUCUCUUUUCCGAUAAAGAUCUUAUUCCAUUACCUAUGCAAAAAAAAUUAGGUCCAUGGAUUGCUCGACGUCGUACACCGGGCAUUCAAGAACAAUAUGCAAAAAUCGGUGGUGGCUCACCCAUUAAAAUGUGGACUGACAAACAAGGUCAAGGAAUGGUUAAACUUCUUGAUCAAAUGUCACCAUCAACAGCACCGCAUAAAUAUUAUAUUGGUUUUCGUUAUGUUAAACCAUUAACUGAAAUGGCUCUAGACGAGAUUGAAAAAGAUCGUCCGAAACGAGUUAUUGCCUUUACACAAUAUCCACAAUAUAGUUGUUCAACAACCGGUAGUAGUUUAAAUGCUAUUGCAAGAUAUUACGCAGAAAAAAACAAAAAAGCACAAAUAGAGAAAUCAAAUAAAAUAUCAUAUUUUGAUGAAUCGAAAGAUGUAAAACCAGCCGAAGAUCUUAAAUGGAGUGUUAUUGAUCGUUGGCAAACACAUCCUGGACUUAUUUCCGCAUUUGUAGAAAAUAUUCGUAAUGAAUUAGAUAAAUUUCCAGCGCACGUACGAAAUGAUGUGGUCAUUCUAUUCUCAGCACAUUCAUUACCAAUGAAAGUAGUUAAUCGUGGUGAUCCAUAUCCAGCUGAAGUUGCUGCAACUGUUCAAGGAGUUAUGGAAUCGUUGAAUUUUUCAAAUCCCUAUCGACUUGUUUGGCAAUCAAAAGUAGGACCUUCUGCAUGGCUGGGUUGUGCUACUGAUAAUGCUAUUGAAGGUUUAGCUAAAAACAAUCGACGUCAUAUUCUUUUAGUGCCGAUCGCAUUUACAAGUGAUCAUAUUGAAACUUUACAUGAACUCGACAUAGAAUAUAGUCAACAUCUUGCUGUAACUGCUGGUGUUGAAACGAUUCGUCGAUGUGCAUCGUUGAACGAUAGUCCAAUAUUUAUCAAAGCUAUGGCUGAUAUUGUUUCAAAACACUUACAAAGUCAACGCCGUCAUACUGUCCAACUGCCUCUACGUUGUCCUGGCUGUAUGAACACUUCAUGUGAACAAAUGCGUCAAUUUUUUUGUUCUUCUCCAUCAAAAUCUUAG